AUGGAAAAUUAUCAACAAAAAAUCGAUGAACUUUUAAGAAAAGCCAAAGCUCAAGGCGCUGCGAGAGCUGCAAAAGCCAAUAAACCUUUUAUUACUAAUAUUGUAGUUGCAGAAAAACCCAAAGAGGAUCUAAAAUCUUUAAAAGAUAUUUGGAGGGGUAUGGACGCCAUGGAUUCAAGGAAUACCACACCAGCAAAUAGAUUUCGCAAGGCAGGAAAGUCAACUAAAGGUAAAAAACCAACAAAGUCGAGUACUCGUAAUAAAAAGAAUCGAACAAAUUGGCAACCAUAUCAUCACUCUAACAUGGAAAACUUCCCGGUACAGUCACCAACUUUUUCUGAAAGAUCCAGUAUUAUCACGGAUGAAGACGGCGACGUAUUGAUGAUGUCAGCUGCAUCCACUCCAAAAGAAAUAACUCCUCCAAACAGAAACAUUCUAAACGGUUAUUUUCCAAAGGGCAAACGUAAACCAAGGUCAACCGAAUUUAUUUCCGGCGAUAAGUUGAAUGAUGCAUCACCUGAUACUUUGCGAAUUCUUAAAGCACUUCAAUCCAAUGAUUCCAAUGGAGAACUUGACUUGGAUAAAGGAUACGAGUUGGAAAACGUAAGUAAUGAUUAA